CUAUUGCUUGAAGUGGUUGAGUGGCAGUCCGAGUUCCGAGUUAGCAGAUUUCACCUGCACUCAUGGGGAGAGAGAUAUCCAGUCAAAGUGUGGGCACUGUUGUUUGAUCCGAUAGUAUACCCACCUGCUGAGUAUCAGUGAGGUCGAGCUGCCAGAAGUCGGGCAAGGGGAAUUUCCUCAGUUUGGACCAGGUAAACUCAUCAUCGUAUCUCGAUUUGUCCCAGUCUGAUGAGCGACUUAGCAUAUCGAUAUUCGAUAUGAGGAUACAGGUAAACUCACCGAAUACUCACCGUUAGCAUCUUUGACGUCGUGGGCUGCCGUCUCAAACUGCACCACUUUCUCGUUUGCCGAGUAUCCCUUCAGCCUGCGCGGCAGCGUCGCAUCCAAGUCGUAGUCGAUGAACGCAACCGACUUGAGAAGAUCCUCAAUCUUCCUGUGGACAACGUAUUGGAGACGCAUCCGAGUAGCAUCCGAGCGCAUGCACAGCAUCAACAUGCGAGGCAUACCGAACAUGCAGAGGAGGGGUUAGGUGCUUGAGAUAAUACGUCAGCUCUCUUUCCUUCCCCUUCGGGAGGCCGAAAAAAAAGUGCUCUGCAUGUUGCCCAAGGCCGUGAACGGGGGAGUGGCAUCCUGCACUAUCAAAAGCAUUCAUGUUGCAUGCAUGCAACGAAGUCGAUGGAAUGGCUGUUUGCGCGCACCGAGUAGAAUAUCAGGAACAUCAUCCGUGGCAAGGUAAGUGUGCUGGUGAAGGAAGCCGUCACGGCGGCCGGCGUUGGCAAUGCUCAUGCCGAAGGAGACAUCGUGGCGCCAGCCCAGAGUCACCGGAAGGCAGCCCAGCAAUGUCAGCACGUGGAAGGACGCCAAAACAACACAAUAAUGGGGCGACAU